AUGGAUUUGUUGACAGAUACCGAACGGCGAUUAACCGUCGAACGACUCCUAAAGUACCAAGGCACCGCCAAGAUCGGCCUCAACCAAAUCUCUCUCCAGCCACUCAUAAGCCGUGAAAUUGACCAAAAGAACGUGGAACGAUUACGUGAUAUCUUUGCUAAGGAUGGGUGCCAGCGACUCGACAUUCGAAUUCAUGUGACUGCUGUUGUCUCCAGGCAACCACCUCGAAAGAGCAUGCCGCAUCAAGUACAAUGUCUCCAUGGGCAACAUAGAUUGAAAGCUGCUGAGGAAACCUUACCUCCCUCAGACCGGUGCCCUGAUCUAAGGAGUGCACUCAUAGAUGAGUAUUCAAACGAAAAGGCGCCAACUGAUGGAGAAGUGUACCGGAAAUCCGCCACAUUUGACGCGUUACUUGCGAUCCCCGGGCUCUGGAAUAGGAUGAGCCUUGGGUUAUUAAACACAGUCCUUGCUUUAAAGUGUGAUGAAAACUUUUGGGCAACCCUUGUCAACCAUGACCGCACUCGGGUGGCCCUUAUUGACCUCCACACCGUUGACACCCUGCAGCUCUACGCUCCCCGUGCGUCUAAAGUUGACCGGAAGACGGUGAAGGGGAAAAUCCUCGGCGGGGAGGUCUUCUCCAACUUUAGCCGGUCCCAACGUGUGGGAAUAUGGGAGAAGAUCCGGACCCAGGAAAUGUGCGACGGCAUCAUCUCAUCCCUUCAUACCUUUUUCCGCGAUAUUUCCUACUUGGAACUCUGUGCCAAUGCUGUGAAACGGCUGGUUGUUUUAAACAAGCAACAGCUGACCGUACGAAGCGCGCUAGUCCAUAGCUUUCGAUCUCGUCGCUCCAACGGAUCUUGUCUAAUCCAGACAUCGGAGUCUUCUUUCCGACGACAGCCUGGAUCUAGGGAUGGACGUAUAUCCUCUUGUUAUCGUCAAAUCUGGAUGUACGCGAUGCGACACUACCCGGACAUGGCCAAGGAUCUUCAGCGCGGCCCAAAGGCUAAUCCCACGCGGGCAAAGGCACGAGCGACGGCGGACGAGAGCUUGAUUCAUGGAAUGGCCACCCUUGCCAAGCAGCUAGGAUUUCAUACUCCACCAAUUAGGGCGAUCCUACGACAAUCACCUGACCACUAG